AUGUCCUUCAUAACGAACAUUGCUAGUUGUGAUACUGGCUACUUGGGCCACCGAAUCUUCAUGGUCAACAAAAGCAAUCAUCUCGCGAUUUUGCAUGUCAAAGAUCCAGAAGAGGCCCACGGUCUCUCUCCGAAAGAAAUCGAUGUCGGCGGCGAUGCUGUGGAAGCUAAUCCUACCAACAACAUUGGGGUAAUUGCAUGGUUGAGUGAGAAGGAUAGGUGGGAGGUCCGCGUCUACUUCGCCACCAAUACCAAAAUGUUGAGUGAGCUCACUUGGAACUCAGUUGACCAAGUUUACAAAUUUGGCCAACUCAACGGCAAAAGAUACGAGGUCAUUGAUAAAAGUACCAUUACAGCCGAAAUCGAGGCAACCAAUUCUCAGGCAGCCAAACCUCAUGAAGCAGUCAGAUAUGUCUACUGCAACCUGAAGAAGUACAGCAGUGAUUUCAAUGUCGUUUUUGGGAAUGACAGAGGUUGGAAUGAUCGCAACAUGUCUUAA